AUGGCUCCGACAGGGAACCACAACACACCUAAGACUGAGCCGUCUGCUCCUAGCCAGAGGCCCGAAGAUGUUCUAGACGAAUUCAUUUCUUGCUUUGGAAGGUUCUGCACCGAAAAGGGUUUCCGAGAUCUCAAGGCCGUGGUUCUGGACCACGACGCACUGCAAAGGAAGCUUAUUGAUACAGAAGCCGCCUACAAGAAGAAUCUUGAAGAAUUAACGCAGCUAAUCGCGGAUCGGAAUGCUGAGAAAGAGGCGUUCAAGAAGAAGACCGAAGAACAAGGCCAGAAGCACAGAAAGAUCAAAGCACUUGUGGAUGAAGUCGGAAGAGCCAUCGCUGAUAGCAAAAGGCAAGGCAACCACGCCGCGACGCUCCAGAACACUAAUUCGACGCUGAGCAAGGACUUAAAGGAGGCCAAAGACAAGGUCGCCAUUUCAAACGACGAACUGAAGGCAGCCAAGACCGACUUGAGCAUCCGGUGUAAGGAUUUGACGACAGUUAAAAACAAGCUUGCAGAGAUCCGAUCACAUACUGCGACGUUGACGGCCCUCGAAGAUGUAAGAGCGGACAUGUACGUUUCGGGCCAUUUUGUAUGUCAUCAUAUGACGGAAGCUAAAACUUGA